UCCUCCCAAACUCGACCAUAAUUCAGACCUUGUUUCUUGUUUGUUGCUAGCAUUUUGCUGAUCUGAUUCGAUCGACUGCGAAUUCAUCAAAUUCAUCGAUAGCUAGGAAGCAGCAAGAAGUUGAGUUAGUAGCAGGAUAUAUAAUGGGGAGGCAGCCGUGCUGCGACAAGGUGGGGCUGAAGAAGGGGCCAUGGACGGCGGAGGAGGACCAGAAGCUCGUCAGCUUCCUCCUCAGCAACGGCCAGUGCUGCUGGCGCGCCGUCCCGAAGCUCGCCGGCCUCCUCCGCUGCGGCAAGAGCUGCCGCCUCCGGUGGACCAACUACCUCCGGCCGGACCUCAAGCGGGGCCUCCUCUCCGACGCCGAGGAGAAGAUCGUCGUCGACCUCCACGCCCAGCUGGGCAAUAGGUGGUCUAAGAUUGCGUCUCACUUGCCUGGGAGGACGGACAACGAGAUCAAGAACCACUGGAACACUCACAUCAAGAAGAAGCUCAAGAAAAUGGGGAUUGACCCUCUCACCCACAAGCCCCUCCCCGCCCCUCCGCCGCCGCACGAGUCGCUGGAGAAGAAGAAGAAGAAGGAGGAGGAGAACACGGCGGCUGGGGUGGUAGAGCAGCAGGACGACGACGACGGGUCGUUGGCCCAGCUCAGGGAGUCACCCGGAUUCUGCACCGACGAGGUGCCGAUGAUCCACCCGGACGAGAUCAUGGUGCCACUGUGCACGGCCGACGGUGUCUCGACGCCGACGCCGACGACGUCGUCGUCGUCCUCCUCCUCCUCAUCGACGACGACGAGCUGCGACGAGGACGUCCCGCUGCACCCCCCGAUCCUGGAGUGGCCGGACGACGCCAAGUGGCUGAUGGAGCUCGACGAGGUGAUCGCCGCGGCGGCGCCGCCGUCCCUUCUGUGGGACGACGACCUCCCACCGCUGCCUCUGCCGUCGCCGGCGGCGGUGUACGAGGAGCUAGACACGUUGGACUAGGAGAGGAGUGCGUUUGAGCAGGAGGCAGCAGCGUGGACGAACAAGCUUGAGCUCUUCUGAUCCAAUAAUCAAUUAUUAUUAACCCCCUGUAAAUUAUAUGUUUUACAGUGCUGAAUCAAUCAAUAAUUACCCAACUAAGCUGCAUGGACAGUUGUUUUCCUUGUGUCAACCACUGUCUAUGCUUGCCAUUCUGGUUAAUUAUUCCUUACUGAUGUGACAUGAUCAAUGUUCUCAGUUACAAACCAAUUCGAUCAC